ACUGAAACAAAUUCGGUGGCUCGUAUAUAAAUUCUCCCUGAUUGGAGCAAGUAGCCAUAAGUGAUCUAAAAGAGGUAGUGUUAAGAGCUGGGACAAAAUAAAACAAUCUUAACCAUGAAGUCGUGUGUGAUUGCAGCAAUUUUAUUUGUUGGACUAACCGCCGUUUCGGCAGAUCGUCCCAAAUCGAAGACCGUCCUCGCUACCAUGAACAACCUGCGUCCGCGGUACCGCGAGAUUCAGGAUUUCGUCAUCGAAACAUUGUCCGACGCUCGCUUGAGCAGCUCCGCCAAGCUGAACGUGUUCCACGAGGACGUUCUCAAGGUCAAGGAAACCCUGGUCGAGGAUGCCAUCACCGAGGAGGACAAGAUCAUCUUCCAGAUCGACAACCAGCCUUCAACAGCGGACGUACCGUGUCUUUCGUUUGUGCGAUUGAUGACGGACAGCGUGAUGAACCUGGCAGGAUCGGGAUUCGCCACGUGUAUUACCGAAGCGAGUGAUGCGUUGACGGUGGAAGUGAACAAGUUUUACGCCGCAAUGCAAAAGGACGAGUCCGAGUACAUUGGAAUUGGGCUGCUGAACGUGUUCAAGGAUGAAAACAUCUUCUACGACCCGGAGAAGAUCCUGACCAAGUUGUCCUCAAAGUCUGGUAACAUGGAGCGGUACCCAACUUCGAUUCAGGACGAGGUGACCGAAUGGGUUGCCGUGCUGGGAUCCACCAUGGAUGGGCUGGAGCAGACCUACAUCGCGUGCAUGACCGACAGUGAGCAACGCAUGAAGACCGGCUUCGAGCUGGCUCGCGCAAAUAUGAUGGCCACUUGUGGAGCGGUGGAAAUCGCUCCGGCAGCGGAAUCAGCUUUGAAGGCUACAUCAGGUGCUGUAAUUGAACCACAGUCCGAUUUUCGUAAAAUGUUCCGCGAACGGUUUGGCUUGUAAAGGUUUGAUCAAAUGACUGGGAACAAUUCUAAAGUUUUUAUAAGUCCUAUUAACCAAAUUUUCAUUUUUUGCUUGUUCUGUUUUUUAAACCGCCCUGAUUCAAGCAAAUCAAAAAGCAAAAAAAAGUUUUUUUUUGUUUAUUGGACCUUUAAAAAACUCCGGAAUAAUGGAAAGAUAAAAAAACGGAUUGCAUAAGUAAAUCAUCUACAAAUACCCAAAAAUAAACUUCUUUUCACAAUAUUAAGAAAAUAAUUAAAUGGAAUAUUAAAAAAAAUUGUUGGAGUACUUUUUUUACAAUUUUUAAAGUAAAGCAGUGGAACUAAACUGUUUACUGCAAUUAUA